CGAGACGGUUGUUUGCAUAGAAACGGUGCUGGCAACGAAGCUGUGUGUGUAGACUCAACUGCAAAACAACUAAUGUAAACAGUCAAAACACAUUAAACAAAGAAAUACAGAAUGGAAGGCUUGCCUUUUCUACCCGGGAAUUCAUUUGUUGAUCCCACGAAAUCAAAGUAUCACAGAAGCCAGUCCCUAGGCUACAGAAAUGGAUAUGCAUUGCCAACACACCCUACUGUUGGAAUAGGCGGUGAACCAAUUAUUUACAAUCAACUAUCAGAGCAGGAGCUUGAUGAAUUGGCCAACUUUAAUCCCACACUGACCUAUGGUCAAGCAAAAGAAGCCCCACCAGAGGACUUUGUGCCAGGACAUGUGGCUUGGGAUAAAAAGGUGCUAAGGUUUAAUGCAUACUUCAAGCAGACAGUUCAUGAGUCAAAAGAUGAGUACUUCCGGGUACGCCCUGUAGAUAUUUUCUAUUACCUUGAAGAUGACAGUAUUGCAGUUAUUGAGCCACAUGUAGAAAACAGUGGUAUGCCACAAGGUAAAUUGAUAAAACGACAGAGAUUGCCAAAGAAUGACCAGGGUGACCAUUGGCACUGGAAGGAUCUUAACAAUGGUGUCAAUGUUACAUUCUACGGAAAAGUUUUCCACAUUGUUAACAUGGACAAAUUUACAAGCGAUUUCUUGGACAGUGAAGGAAUAGUAUUGAAUUCCAGUGAAGGACUGCCAACUGAUCCCUACAUUGAGAGAAGAAAGAAUGCAGCCGCUCUCCGCACAUACACAACACCAUCGUCUUUUGACAAGCAGAAACAGUUCCUUGAACUGGACAGAAAAGUUUUACGUUUCUUCUGUGUUUGGGACGAUAGGGAUAACAUGUUCGGUGAAAUGAGACCAUUUGUUAUACAUUAUUUCUUGGUAGAUGAUACAUUAGAGGUUCGAGAGGUACACACAGCCAACGACGGUAGAGAUCCAUUCCCAGUACUCAUUGGUAGACACAAAGUUCCUAUAAAUAGAUAUAAUGUUGACUCGUCUUUCCCCGCAGUGGUGAUGGAACUGUCUUCACAUGAGAUUAAAGAGUAUUUUACACCAAAAGAUUUCAAGAUCGGAGACACGGUGCAGCUGUACGGAAGACGGUUCCUUAUCUAUGACUGUGACAAUUUCACAAAGAGUUUCUAUUACCACACUUUCGGAAUAUCGGAAUUCCCAACAGUUGAUGUAAAACAGAAAAUGAGAGAUCUACCAAAAAUGGAAAUUCCACCAUUUAACCAGUUUGGUUCACUAGAAGACUCUCUGCAGUCCUGUUUGUCACUGAUACCACAGCCUCCUAAGAAAGAUUUUAUCAAAAUGUUGGAAAAUGAUCAUAAAGUUCUCAGAUUUGAGGGGGUCAUGGAUUCAGUAAGACCGGAGGACAAGGGGCGUAGGUUUAUCAUAUCAUACAGACUGGCUGAUGACAUGAUGACAAUCUACGAGCCUCCAGUGCGUAACUCUGGUAUCAUCGGAGGAAAAUUCCUUGAACGAACACGUGUCGCCAAGCCUAACUGCCUACCAGACCAACCAGUGUUUUACGGACCACAGGAUUUCUACAUUGGUGCCGUUAUUGAGGUGUUUAGACAUAGAUUUGUUAUCACUAAUGCAGAUGAAUACGUCCUCAAGUUUAUGGAAGAUCAUUCAGGACAGUUCCCAGGCAGUACAAUACAGUCAUUGAGAGAGAGGCUAGCAGAGGGGAGCAUUUUGAAGGAGACCGUGAAAGGUGCUCCAAUGAAAGUUAAGAGAACAGAUGGUGACUUAAACACAUUAGUGCAACAAGUCAGAGCGCAAUUGAAGAAGAUUGCAAUUACUGAUAAAUCCCGUGUAGACGAGAUGUUCUUACGAUACAACACAAACAGAACUGGAUUUAUAGACGCCCUAAAUAUGAGAGACUUGUGCCGAAGACUACAACUGCCCGCCGAUGAUGAUGUAAUUAAUGCCCUUGUUGCAUGCUGCACUGAUAACCCAGAAGGAAAGAUAAGCCUGGAAGACUUUAGAAGAUUUGUGGAGAGCUCAUGAGUUAACUUCCUUUAUAGACAAUAUUUUAUAAAAUGGAUGAAAAGAGAUGGAAAAUGAACUUAAAUAGUUUUUGUUUUAUAUAAAUUGAAAGAGUAAAUAAAUUUUAAUAGUAAAAUUUAUAGCAAGUAUUUUUUUUAAGUUAUAUUUUAUGAGUAAAUCAUGAGUAACUAUGAGUUAUCAAUUUUACAAUUUUCUUUUAAUUUGAAUAAUCAAUUUUAAAAAGUUAUUUAAAUAAAAGUUUACAAAAGGGGAUUGUGCUUUUAUAUGACAGUGGAUAUAAUAUAACUUGACAGCGGAUUAAUUCCAGAUUUAAUUGUGGAUGGAAUCUAAUUUAUAUUACUGUUGCUUAUUGCCCAUGCAUUUCUGUUGUUUCUAUACUUGUUGACGAAAUGACUGUCUUUUUGACUUUAUAAAGAAACUUUCAGUUUCAAAACCAACAUUUUUUUUAACCCUGUAUCUGACCACAGGAGAGCUUUAUGCUGAGUAUAUAUACUACAAGAUCUAUUGUUUACAAAUUUUCUAUUAUUUAUAUGUACUGUGAAGUACCUAACUUUUAAACUGAGUUAUUAAAAAUAUAUUAAAAGAUUCUGUGAUAAUAAAAUGUAAAAUAUAAA